AUGACCAUAACGCAACAAAAAAGCUUUCUAGCAAAUAGGGGCGUUUACCCUGAUAUCCUCAAGACAAUUGGAAAUACUCCGAUUGUUCAGCUAAAUAAUAUUCCCAAAAAAGAGGGACUGGCCUGUCGCAUCGUCGCAAAAUGCGAGUUCUUCAAUCCAGGGGGGUCUGUUAAGGAUAGGAUAGCUUAUGCAAUGGUUGAAGAUGCAGAGAAAAGAGGGAUCCUGAUACCUGGAAAGUCCACCAUUAUUGAGCCCACGUCAGGAAACACAGGAAUUGGGUUAGCUUUGAUUGGAGCGGUAAGGGGCUAUAAGGUGAUCAUUACCAUUCCUGAAAAGAUGAGUAUGGAAAAGGUAUGCAUUCGUGCCGCCAAUAUGACUUUUCCUAGAUCAACAUUUUAA